UGCGAUCUCAGAACCGCGUAACUUACAUGAAUUAAGAUCUUUUCUAGGAAUGGCAGGAUGGUGCAGGCUCUGGAUCAUGGACUAUGGACUUAUUGCCAAACCUUUAUACGAGGCACAGAAGAAUAAGACCUUGGUGUGGGAAAGACCACAACAAGAAGCUUUUCAAAAAUUGAAACAGGCCUUAAUGCAAGCGCCUGCUUUGGGCCUACCUGAUCUGAGUAAAGACUUUCAGUUAUUUGUACAUGAAUGACAGAGACUUGCUCUAGGGGUAUUAACCCAACGGCUGGGAUCUUGGAAAAGGCCCGUAGGUUAUUUCUCUAAACAACUUGACCCGGUAAGUGCUGGAUGGCCGGCGUGCUUGCGGGCGGUGGCUGCUACCGUGAUAUUAAUUCAGGAAGUCCGGAAACUGACUAUGGGGAAAAGGAUCGAAGUGUUUGUAACCCAUAUGGUGACUACUGUAUUGGAACAAAAGGGGGGCCAUUGGCUUUCCCCAAGUAGGAUGAUGAAAUAUCAGGCAAUUUUAACAGAGCAGGAUGAUGUUAUCCUAAAAACAACUAACCUAAUGAAUCCAGCUGUGUUUUUAAGCGCAGAGACUGAAGAAGAAAAUCUGGAACAUGAUUGUGUGGAGGUCAUUGAAUAUACCCACGCAAGUCGACCUGACCUGAAAGAUACCCCAUUGGAGAAGACGGAUUGGGAGCUUUUUACUGACGGCUGUAGUUUUGUGGAAAGCGGAGUGCGGUAUGCAGGAUACGCGAUUACUACUGCCAAAACAGUAAUUGAAGCUAAAUCCCUACCACCAAACACAUCAGCACAGAAAGCUGAGUUGAUAGCCCUAACUAGGGCAUUAGAGCUCAGUGAGGACAAAAGGGUCAAUAUUUGGACCGACUCAAAAUAUGCAUUCGGGGUUGUUCAUGUACAUGGAGCUCUUUGGAAAGAGCGUGGACUACUCUCCUCCCAAGGAACAAACAUCAAGUACCAAAAAGAAAUAUUGAACUUGAUUAAUGCCGUUCAAAAGCCAUCACUAGUUGCCAUCAUGCACUGUAAAGCUCAUCAGAGUGGGACAUCGAAAAUUAUUGAAGGAAACCGACUUGCUGAUCAAACAGCCCGAUCAGUGGCACGACGAGUCUGGAUGAUGGUGGGUCUUGUCUCCCAAAAGGUAAGAGCAAUUGAUUUAUUACCUACACCUUCAGAGGCACCUGAAUAUUCUACAGAAGAUGAGAAACUGGAAAGACUAGUAAAAGCCGUCAAGGAUGACCCUUCUGUUAUAGGACUGCUGAUGGCUGAUGAUCAGCAGGUGCCAAUGGCUACCACGACGGUGCAUCACCAGCAAUAUCACACCAAUCGAGACUCUUUGAUUCCUAUCCAGAAGUUGAUCCGUCAAUUGGAAAGCCAGGGUGUGAUCACAUCAGAGUGCAGUCCGCAGUUUGCUUUCACCUGGAGGGGCAUCCAGUACACAUGGAAUCGCUUGCCCCAGGGGUGGAAACACAGUCCUACCAUCUGCCAUGGACUGAUCCAGACCACGCUGUAA